CUCUUUUGACUGUUACCCCCAAAUAUCUCUGUUCCAGGAAGACGAAAAAAACUUCUCCAGGCUUCAAAAAUAUCCCUUUCUCUUACUGCAGCUUAAGGAUUGUAGGAGCAAUUUUGUGAUUCUUUUGAUUGAGAGUUUUUGGGUUUCUUAUCCUCUUUUCUUUCCUGAUUAUAGGUUGGUUUUGCUGGGAGAGGAAGUAAACAGUGGCUAUUUGCGGCGAAGAAGAAACAGCAUGCGUUGGUGGUUGAGUCUUUCAGUCGACGUGUUUCGAAAAGUCAUCUCCUUGAACUUGUAUUGUAGAGUGAUUCUGUAAUUCCAUAAUACAUCAUCUUCAAGAUCCACCUUUUGAAAUUUAGUUAGUAUUAGUAUUCUAUCCUCCAUGGGAUCCACUUUUUUCAUCGUCGUUCCUUGUUAUGUCCGCCAGAUUAGCUGAAAAUCUUUAAACACAUUGCUCAAAUUUCUAAUCCAAGAAUUAUCAUUAGUAGUAGCGGUAGUGGUGGUUGUUCAGUUUUUGUUGAUCUAGAAACGGAUCUUGGGGGGUUUUGAAUACGUUUUCGUACCCGGAAGACCCUCUUUUUUUGGUAUCACAUCGAAGGGUUAGGACGUAGUUAUGGUUUGCCAAGCAGCAAGUCAAACAAGAUUCCGGGCAUUGAAGUAUGAAAAUGGUAUUGCGGGGAGUGCCACCAUUGUAGUUAGAGUCAUAGCAUGCUUUCAACCUCUUCAAGAUUGCCAGGCCGAAUAUUUCCGUCAUUUGCUUAAGCCAGUUACGUAGGUUGCUUUUUUUCGUUUUCGCGUUCAAGUUAAGCUGGAAUUUUUAGUUCUAUUUUCCCCUUUGGUUUUGAGAGAAACUGCUUUUUAACUGCCAUUUCCAUUGCUUCAGCAUUCGGUUUCUGGUGAUUGUUCCCGUUCAAUGGGAGAAGGCCGUGGAUCCGGGUCUCCUCAGCUGCGAUUUGAUAGGCAAUCACCCAUCUUGAACUCUUUGCCUACUCCACUUCCUUUUGGGCUGCAAAGUACUAAUCCUCCAUUCAUGAGCCUUCGCACUAAUAUGGUGUCCUCUGCUGGGACUUCGCCGGUUUAUGUGAAUCCGGAAUUGCCUCUCUUACGGGUUAGCCAAGGUUAUGAACCUCGUGGCUGGUUUUACUGUUUACCCCGAUUUCGACAGGUGUUUGAACCUGCUUUAAACUCUUUUGUGAAAGAGCAACCCCUAGCUAUUGCAUAUGAAAAUUGCAACGAAUGUGGUACUGGUAUCCUCAAAGCAGGGCCUGGGGUUGCAGAGAAGAGAUUCCUUGUUUUCGAUCAGUCUGCUGAUCAAACCACCCUGAUUCUUAGCUCUGCAUUUGAGACUCCUACCAAGUUCCUGACUUCUUGGGGUCCAAAAUCUCCUGUUGCUUGUAACUUUAACGUGGAAGAUCCCAUAGCUAAAGUAAAUGGGAAUAUUCAUUCUGGACCAAUAUCUACAGUUAUGGUUGAUGAAAAUGGGAUUGAUGUGCAAAGUGAAAUGCACGAGGACACUGAAGAACUCAAUGCAUUGCUUUACUCAGACGACGAUAGUGAAUAUACUGAUGAUGAUGAAGUUACGAGCACGGGUCAUUCUCCUAGUUCAAUGACUGCUCAUGAUGAGCAAUGUGAGGGAAGCUGUGAAGAUGUUGCAAGCUCUACAAGGCUAACUAAGAGAAUAAAGCUGCUUGAUGAUGAUGGAAGUAACAGUUAUUCACCGUUGCUGAUGGGCACGGCUAAUUCAGGGAAUCCUAACAAAAAUUCAGAAUACGAGGAUGAUGCAGAAUCCAGCUGUGCCAAUGGCCAAAGUCCUAGAUCAGUUGACAUGGAUUCUUCUUCAGGCAACAAGAGGAUGAGAAAGGAUAAAAUCCGUGAGACGGUGAGGGUUUUGCGAAGCAUAAUUCCAAGUGGAGAGGGAAAAGAUGUAGUUGUUGUUCUUGAUGAAGCUAUUGACUACUUGAAAUCCUUGAAACGCAGCCUAAACCUUGAGACCUAGUACUCGGUGAACUGCAACUGUUCGUACAAGUAGUAUCAGUGGUAGCUUCUGCCAUUGUUAAUGGAGCUCUAUGAAAUAAGUACAGACAAUCAGUUUAAGUUGGGAAACCAGUAGAAUUGGCUGAAGUCCGAGUCUAUUUGCUACAGAAAUCAGGAAUACUGCUGUGUAUAUUAUGGGCCAAUAAAGUAAGGUAAAUCAUUAGUCAUCAUCUUGGGGAUUAGAGAAAGUAAAACUCCCAGCUUGGAUGUGUGAAAGGGAAGACUGGUUAUUCUGGAGAGGGCCCUUUAAGCGCAUGCUGAUUAGGUGUUUUGGGUCAGUUUCUUCCUUUUUGUACUCUUGUCAAGUUUCAUGCUUGUGGGUUCCUUUUUCCUUGAUGCAGAAAAUUGCACGAGCAAAGAGUCUUCCCCCAUUUUCAUCAUAUGCAAUGCCACAAUUUGAAAGGGGGCCCCAUAUCUCACCAUCU